AUGACAGAGUAUUCGCAGUCGAAACUGAAUUCCGUGAAUCGGUUGAGAAAACGAGGCAAAUACGACUUUGAAACCAUCCACGGACUCGUCAACCAAGCUCCCGUAGUCCACGUCUCUUUCGCGACUGAUGCAUCCGAGCCAUUCCCCACCAUCCUCCCCAUGAUCGGGCAAAUGGGUUCAUUCGAAGACACCUCCUCUGGUCUGGACUCGCCCCUAGACUGCUACCUCCACGGCUACGUGAGCUCGCGCAUCAUGCGGCUAUCGCAGGAAGCCGUAGCGCGGGGCGAAGACGGCCUGCCCGUAUGCGUCACAGCUACCCACGUAGACGGCUACGUGCUUGCGCUCGCCCCCUUCCACCACAGCUACAACUACCGGUCUGCGAUUUUGCACGGCUACGCGCAGCCCGUCGAGAGCGAGGAGGAGAAGGUGUGGGCUAUGGAACUGGUUACUAAUUCUGUGGUGCCGCAGCGCUGGCAGAACGCGAGGACGCCGGCAACGAAGGCCGAGAUGAAAUCUACGACGAUAUUGAGGGUGAAGAUCUAUGCUGGGAGUGCGAAGUUCAGGAGCGGACUCCCGCAUGAUGACCGUUUUGAUCUGAAGGAUGAGAGUGUGGUGGGAAAGGUUUGGGCUGGUGUGGUGCCGACGUGGCAGGUCAUGGGGGAUCCGAUUCCGUCGCCUGAUAAUGCUGUGGCGAAGGUGCCUACUUAUUUGAAGGAGUUUGUUGAGAAGGAGAAUAUUCGAAGCAGGGAUAUCGCUUUGAACGCCAUCAAGGAAUAG